UAUGUACAUAACCCUUCCUUCACUUGAUCACUAUCUUUUCUUCUUCAUCUGCAUCUUCUCUCAUCUUCAGCUUUCCCUUCAUUCAUCCAGAUUCCAUCCCCAACUCACUCAACCACAACAACAACUCUCCACCCAACAAGCCGUUCGUUGGUGGUUUUUACAAGCUCAUGAGCCCACCGCACUCUGACUGAACUCUGCUGGCCAGCGAGCUAAGCAAGAACAAGAAGAAUAUUUAUCAGUCUUGUUGUAUGACAACCCAAAAAAAAAAGCCCAAAUCCACUUCGACUCCAUCGCUUACUCCACACACCUGAAUAUCCCGUCCCUCUCUCUCUCUCUCUCUCCUCGCCCCUCCUCUUCUUCGUUCCGUAAAAACCCCCUGCUCUUUCUUCUGCUUCUUCUUUCCUCCAGAACUUCCCAACCCACUCACAACUACAACCCCCGUUCAUCAUCUCUCGAUCAUCCUUUGUUACAAUCCUCUGAGUCUGACUACCUUUUUUUUACCGCUCCUCUGUUUUUUUUUUCCCUCUUCGAUCACUAUUCUCAAAUAAACAACAACAACAAAAAGAUCAGAGACCCUUCUUCUUGCGAUUCUGCGUCAAGUCCGAAAAAAACAAAACACACAGAAACGAUAAAUAAAUAAGAAAUAUCACAAUCCUAAACACUUAAAUACAUAACUGCUUCAUCGUUGUUACCAACCCAUCGCUUCCAAGUUUCCCUCCCCUCCCCCCUCACAACUCCGGGCUCUGUCGCUGUCUCUGCUCUUCUCCAGUAUCAUCACCGAGCACACGCCAUGUCAGGCCAUCCACUCCAUCACCACCAUCCUCCUUCGGGGCAAGGCUAUCCCUACUCGCCGCCCUCGGCUUCCACCCCUGCCCAUCCCCCAGCCCACUUGCAGUAUCAUCGCUCCUCCAUCUCGGCGUCCCUACCCCCGCCCCCUCAUACCAACGGCCAUUCCGGCUCUCCUCAUCUCUCCGGGCCUCCACCGCCAAACUCAUCCGUUCCCCGUCACGGUUCCGCUCAACUCCCCCCUCAAUCCGCCUCCGUCGCCCAACAUCAUCACUCCGCCUCCCAAGGCCAUCCAUCAUCGAUCCAUCAUCAAUCCAGUAAUAAUAAUAAUAAUAACAACAACAACAACAACAAUAACAACCUUCAAGCCAACUCACAUCCUCAUCACCCAUCCUCUGCCGGUCCACCCGGCUCCUACCACCAACCCCACUCCCAAUCCGCUCACCCCCACCAUCUCAAUCACCCAAGGGAGCAUCACCAACAUCAUCAACAACAGCAACACCUCAAAGAAUAUCAUCACCCUCACCCCCACUCACUCUCAUCCUCUCAGAGAGACCAGCGCUCCGAUUCAAUCAUCCACAGGGAGCGCGAUCACCAGCCAACGCGCUCCCAUUCUCACAUCCAUCCAUCUCCCUCUGACUCCUCCCCCUCUCUCACCCGCGAUCAGCAGCAGCAACAUCAGCAACAACAACAACAACAACUUUCGCGAGACCCUCAGCAGCACCCUCAGUCCGCACAAUCUGCUCAUCCAACUCUCCCACACCAUCCCCCACCAAACAUCCACCCGAACAAUAGCUCUGCUAAUCAUCAUCAGCACCAUCACCACCAACAGCAACAUCCUUCACCCGCACCAAUCUCGGGUCAUCAUUCACCCCAUUCAAUCACCAUGCUCUCCCAGCAGCCCAAUCAGUCUUCAUCCUCGGCCCAUGUGAUUCCUGGCGCGCAACCCCCUCCGGCUUUGCAUCAUCAUCACGCAGGCCCGACUGGUCCAAAUAACGCAACAGGAGCCGGGCAGCAUCUCCUGCCUGGCUCAUCCACACAACAACCAGCUCUGCCACCCGCAUUGCCCAGCAACCAUCCCGGGGGAGGUGCCACCAGUCGACAGCUUGCCCAACCACCACCUCAACCGGUCGGUGUCAAUGGUGGUCCCCCCGAAACUCAGGAUGCGACCGUGGCCGCGAUCUUGAGAGACGGAGACUUAAACCUUCAGAGUCAGGCCGGUGAUUGGCGUCCGCCCACUAACCCUUUGAUCGAAAACUUGAUCAAAGGAACUGAAUUGACUUGGAUCGCUGCCGGUUCAGCGUCCGAAUCUCUUGGUGAUUACGGUCGGGCCCUCGAAUGCUUUGAGAGGGCUUUAAAACAUAAUCCUCUCUCCGUACCCGCCCUCACCAAAGCUGCCGGUAUACACCGACAUAAAGAGAAUUUCAAAGCUGCCGCCAGCUAUUUCAGUAGGUUAUUAAAAAUUCAUGAGGGUAGCGGAGAGAUCUGGGGCGCGCUAGGUCAUUGUUACUUGAUGCUUGAUGAACUGCCCAGAGCGUAUACGUCAUAUCAACAAGCCUUACAUCAUUUCCCAACACCAAAAUCCGAACCCAAGCUGUGGUAUGGAAUCGGGAUCCUUUACGAUCGUUAUGGUAGUCUGGAACACGCGGAGGAAGCUUUCAGUAGCGUGAUCAUGAUGGAUCCCCAUUUUGAGAAAGCUAAUGAGAUCUAUUUCAGGCUAGGAAUCAUUUACAAGCAACAGCGCAAGGCUGAAUUGAGUUUGGAAUGUUUCCAAUGGAUCCUAGACAAGCCUCCAUCUCCACUGACGGAGAUCGACAUCUGGUUUCAAAUUGGACACGUCCAUGAACAGCAAGGCAAUUUCGAUCAAGCCAAGGAAGCUUAUGAACGCGUUCUAAGCGAAAACCAAACUCAUGCCAAAGUACUCCAGCAGUUGGGUGGAUUGUAUUGUCGUGAAGGCAGCAGCUUUUAUAAUCCACAAGAAGCUGCUCACAUUCUAACUCGUAGCUUGAGUGUUGAUCCCGGCGAUCCUUUCAGUUGGUACCUUCUAGCUCGAGUCUACAUGACUAUGCAAGAUUAUACUAGGGCCUAUGAAUCUUAUCAGCAAGCUGUUUACCGUGAUGGGAAGAACCCGGCGUUUUGGUGUUCGAUCGGCGUGCUCUACUAUGCGAUUUGCCAAUAUCAUGAUUCUCUUGACGCAUACUCUCGCGCAAUCCGCAUCAAUCCUUAUCUGUCAGAAGUUUGGUUCAACCUUGGUGCCUUGUACGAAUCAUGUAACGACCAAAUGCCCGACGCGGUUGAUGCCUAUCAACGUGCGAUCCAACUUGAUAGCAAUAACGCUCACAUCCAACGUCGGCUCGACGAAAUCAAAUUACAUCAGGAGACCGGUGCCCCACUAGGCCCACCACCACCGCCUCGGGACAUGAAUCACUCCUCGCCGAAUUGGCCGUUCCCCAAUACGUUGAAUGCCUCGGCUGAGGCAGGCUUUGGUCACUCGGCAUUGACUCAUGAAGAACCAACCAAGCCCGUCCCUGUGUUACCCCCAUCCCACUCCCCUGUCACAACAAGACCGAUCUCCCCCGCAGCUCCUCCAGGUCGUGUCAGCAUCCCUCGACCAGGCACUUCAAGUAGUGCAUCAGGUCUACGACCUCAAUCCGCCGGACCAUUCGCCCAUGGACCACCGCUCUCCUCGGCCAACCUACCACCCUCACAUCAUCCAGCCCACCCUGGUCAUGUCCAUCCAUCAGCUCAGCAACAUGCAGCCCCGCCCGCUUCUCUGAACCGGCGUCAAUCUGGCGGUCAUGGUCCAUUGGCACCCAUGGAAUUUGAGUCGUCUCCUCGACUGGGCACCCGAGGACCCCCUUCAGCGCAACACAAUCUGCCACACAUUCGCUCUGUCGUUGAUUCUCACUCACGUGGUCCAUCCCCUGCGCCACCUGCUCCUGAGCCCUUGCGUCGACCCAUGUCCAUUUCCGCCACGGGCUCGGCUCCUCGUGAAAUUCUCUCUCCUCGGACUUCACCCUCUAUCCGCUCCAAUAUUCCACCAGGCGAUCGCGCUCAGUAUUCAUCCGCCCCCAAUGGUAGACCUCCAUCCCAUCAUGUCCCCCCACCAGUUUAUUCGCGUUACCCCACAACGGCCAUGCCAGCAGAUGAAACACUCCCCCCUCAGAACCUUCACCCUGCUGCCGGAGGAGGGCCGAUGGGUCGAGAUCGUGAGCGAGAAAGGCCGAUGCGUGACUCGAUGCGCUUGAGACCACAUUCUCCCGAGUACCGAACCAGUACUGCUGAUCGCGAGAAUCGAGCACCUCCAGGAUCAGCUUCGUCUACCAUGUAUGUCCAUCGUGGGAGUGACUUUGCUGGAGCAGGCUACCCUCCUCCACCACAGACACACCACCAAUCGCCAUAUGAUCCUCGCCAUUCUUCCCCUGGUAUCCGCGCCGGUCCAGGUGGUCAUCGAUUCUCCCCCGAUCAGUCCGCCGUCCAUUCGCCUUCUUGGCCUGGAGCCGAUCCCCGGGCAGCAGGUGUUCCUCCUCCUCAUCCUCCUGGCCCUGCUCCGCUAUCUCCCGAAGAUCGGAGACCUGGAUCUCAGGCUGGUUAUCCACCGCAUUAUCCGCCUCCUAACAUGCCCCCAAAUCAAAUGGGAUCCACUCAGCAUGCUCCCUCCAGUCGUCGUUAUGAUCCUCGUUACGAUGAAACAACAAUCCCCCCGCACAGGCAGAGUGGUUCACAUGAACAGCAAGCCACAUCACCACGACCCAGAUCGGCGAUUCAACGUCCCUACAAUGACGAUGUUGAAAGACAGAAAGCCUUGGCGGCUGCCCGACAGGGUCAACCCUCUCCAACUCCCUCGUUCACAGCGUCUGAGUUUUCCGGCCCCCCCGGUGCUGGUGGAUCCAAUGCACCUCGUCGGACUGCUCGUACCAAACAGCUCAACAACAAAGAAGACGACUUCCCUCCAGCCAAUCAUGCUCGUAGGCGGAAACUUCCCAUCUCUCGAUCUAGUACCAGUGCUAACACCUCGAGCUCUGCCGUACUAACACCUCCCAACCCUGCUGUCCCGGCCCCUCAACCAGUGAUGCCCCUCGCGCCUGCAGUUCAGACUCCAGCGACUGGGGCUCGUGAAGGAAAUUCUUCUCAGCUUCCUACUCAGAAGAAAGAGAAGAAGAAGGUCGCUAAUACCAAAUUCCGCUCGACGAUGAAGACCAAAGUCAAUGAGAAUUCCAAGAGACCUUCCCCAUCGCCCGUCCCUCCUCCUAUAAAUCCUUCCGAUCUUCCUCUCAGUCGGACCGGCCAACCCGGUUCGCCCCAACCCGCCAACAAUCCUUCCCUACCGGAUCGAAAGGUGGACGAAGAGUUUGAAGAGUACGAUGAAGUGGCAGAUGCUCUACUUAGCUUUGCCGGCCAACCACCACGCAGAGUGCUUGCGUCUCAGCCUUCGCCGACGGUCCAAUCGCCCCAUUCUGCACCCGUUUCAGCUGGCAGUCGAACUGGUCAAGCAGCCAAGACGAAUAACAAUGCCCGUGUUCGGGCUAGUAAUGGUGUUUCCCCGGCCUCGGAUAAGAGCUCUGGUGGUGGAGGGGCAGGCGCAGCAGCUCUUGGAGGCUCUGGUGAAGCCGGGUCUCCGUCGAAUUCUCCCCACAGUGUCGCCCAACGCUCGACGAUUGAAUCGCCCAUCCGAGCUGACUCGUCGCCCGAAUCUUCUCUUGCUCAAUCCAGUCACUACCCCGCUGGGCCACGGAUCCUCCAAUCCGGGAUCCUCAGCGAUAGUCAAGCUGGAUCAGGAGUCAGCCAGCAUCCUAACUCGCUCUCCGCCUAUCCGAGCGCUUUCACUAAACGCUCUCGCGCUGAAUCUAGUCCUUCGGCCGGUGACACUAGCGCCCCUGAUCCCAAACGAUCACGCUCUUCUGUUGCUGGACACGGCGGUAGCGGCCAGCCAUCCCCUCGUUCACAAACCAACAGUGACGGUCGAUCGCCACUCAGCGGAGUCGGUGGGGGUGGGGGAAAGACUAGUAUCAUGUCUCUCACAGGAGGAAAAAAGGGAAUCAUGAAUGAUGAUAAUCCGGCCGAUCCUUCCCUUUUAGGCCCGCAUAAUUCUUCAUCUGCUAGAAGGACUAAGAAAUCAGCCCCCAUUCCUCCUCCUUUGUCUGUCUUUCCUGCAGAUGAUCUUCAUCAUAAAACUCAACUCUCACAUAAUCACGAGGGGAGUGCUGAUGGACAACGACCACGACGACGUGGUUCUCUCGAUGAACUUGAAGAUCAACGCCAAGAUGAAGAAGACCCUUCUUCUACCGUCAAACCUCCUCUUCCAAAUUCAUCUACUCCAACUGAAAAUCAAUCCAAGGAGAAGGAGAAUCGGCCUUCUUCCUCGUUAGCCGAUGAUGAUCUGCCUCUAUCAGUCCAACGAACCAAGAAAACUGAAGAAGAACAUCAACAUCACCAACAACAAGAGGAUGAGAAUGUAGGAGAAGAGAAGGGAGAAGAGAAUGGGGGUGGUGGUGGGUCGGAGGAUGAUGAGAAUGAAGACGGCGAAGUUCGCGAUGAGGAUGAGGAUGAUAAUGAUCAUUUGGAUGAUGAAAGAGCCUCUGGUUUGGAGCAUCUCGAUCAUCUCAAAACUCGUGAUACCGAUUCGGGCAUCACUACCACCACUAAUCCUAUCGCUACUACUGCUGGUGCUGUCGCUGGGAAAGAAGUCGUGGCUGGAAUUGGCGAUCAGAUGGAUGUCUCUUCUUAGAUUUUUUUUUCUUUUUUUCUUUGCUUUGUUUGUUUUUGUUGGUUUCCCUCUCUUUUUUUCUCAUAUUCUGUGAUUUUCUUUCUUUCCUUUUUUCAACUUACUCUCUUUUUUUUGGUCUUUUUAGUGUCUUUUUUGGUUUCUUCUUUUUUUUCCUUCUGAUCUUGGUAUUUCUCCUUUUUUUUCUUUUUUGGUUGUCAACUUAUACAUAUAUAUACAUAUAUCUAUCUAUCGAGAAAAAAAAAUGAAUCUUAUAUGAAUGAAUUAAGAAAUAAAUAAAACAAACAAACA